GAGAUUAGAUAAUGACUCAGUUCGUUGCCGAGUUCAGCACGAGUUCAUGUUUCACAACUCUAACUACAGAAAGUUGUAAUAACUAAAUAUUUAUUACUUUAAAUUACAUUUUUAACAUAAACUACGUUAAUUUAUAUUAAUAACUAUAACUAUGGAAGAUAAUAAAGUCCAAGUUUUAAUAAAAAGUGUUCUUGAAGCAGAAAACAUAACUGAUGGUAUUGUAUCAAUAAAAAACGCGAAUGUCGAAAUCGCGGAUGGAUUAAUGAGUCAAAUUCUUCGUGUUUCUAUCACAAAAAAGUCAACAAAUCAGCAAUUAAAUUUGUUAAUCAAAGUGGCACCGACGGACGCUGAAUUUCGCAAACUUGUGCAACUUCUCUACAAAAGUGAAAUACAUUUUUAUGAUACAAUCGUACCACUUUUCAAUCAACUUCAAUUGAAAUACACUGAAAAACCUUUUGUUUUGGUGCCGAAAUUCUUCAAAGCUGUCAAAGAACAAUGUCAGGAGGUUAUAAUCAUGGAAGACCUCGCCUCGAAAGGUUACAAAAUGUUAAACAGGAAAUACUGUUUCAGUGAAGAAUGUAUGAAGAUUGUUCUUCAAGAAUUCGGAAAGUUUCACGCGUUAAGCUUUGCUCUUCAAACAGAAAAUGCUAAAACUUGGAAGGAAUUAGACAAUGGCGUAGAUCAAAGUGAAGUUUUUACUGGGGAAGUUGUCAAAUGGUUUCAGGAUGCAUUACAAAAAGCCUACACAUUGUUUGAAUCCAGUAAUAUUUCUACAAGUAAAAAAUUGAAGAAUUUACACGAUAAUUUUGAAUCUGUGAUGAAGACAUUACUCAAACCAAGUGAUAAAUAUCCGAGUGUCAUUGUACAUAUGGAUCCUUGGUGCAAUAACUUCCUGUUUAAACAAUCAACUGAUUCAGAAGGUGUUGAGGAUGUUAUUUUGAUCGACUUUCAGACGGCCACGAAAGCAUCUCCUGUUUUGGACAUCUCUUGCUUUUUGUAUAUAAAUGCUUCCGUUGAGACGAUGAAGAACUGGUUGCAGAUGUUGAGAAUAUAUUAUGAUAGUCUUGUCACACAUGGAAAAGCCUUGAAUUGUUGUGUGGAAGAAAUGUAUUCAUGGGAGAUGUUUAUGGAUGAUUGGAAGGAUUAUGCUAAGUAUGGUAUACUUAAGGCUGUCAUGGGUAUUUCGUUGAAUACACAGGAUGAUGAAGAUGUCAAAACACACGAUCAGAAUAAUGUUGGUGCUUCUUUUUAUAUCGAUAAAUGGAAUUUGAAGACUAUUGAACGUAUUAAAGUGUUGAUUGAACAUGCAGAAGCAGAAAAUCUGUUGUAAUCUAUUUUAAAUCAAUAAGAAAUAAAGUUGUGUUAGUUAAAGCAUUUAUAGCUCAAGAAUGGUUAGACAGAUUUUGAUGAUCUAUGAUUUUUUUGAUUUGUUUUCGCUCCAAAUAGCAGAAUAACUAUUAAAAUAAUAAAAAUGGCUUUAUGGGUGUUAAAUAAUUGAAAAAAUUAGUAUAGAGAUCAAAUAUAGUUAUAUUUAUAGAUAAUAAACAAUACAUUUACCUUGUUUAUUAGGUUAUGUGAGUGACAAUGUAACAUAACCUCAAAUCUCCUAUUUGAUAUUUUUAUCUCCUAAUAAAUAUUUAAUAAAUUAA